GACUGGUCCUCUCUCUCAACCCCACGCACUGCACUCGCAGCCCAUGCAACGCACGCACGCACGCACGCACACACACACACACACACUUGAACACUGAAACGAGGCAGACCUGGGAAACCGGCGCGCUUCAAUUAGCACUCCUCCAGCGGCUCCCCGGCGUGGACACUUUUAAUAUUUCAUCACAGCCCAGCCUGGAUUUCCCCCCCCCCCAUGUGGCUCCUUUGCGCAAAGAGCCCGAGCGCUGCGGAGGUGCGUGUUCGAGCCGCCGAGCUUCUCCGGGGGACGAACGUGGACGCUUGGUGAAUGGGAAGCGCCGACGCGGAGACAUCGCCACCUUCCCCCCAUCUUGACGGGCACGCUCGCCCUUCCGUCGGCGAGAUUUGCGCACACGACACCGGAGCCGGUGUGCGCACUGUGCGGGGCCGGGCGCGCGUCGUCUGGGAGGAGUAGGCGAAGGAUGGACGCGUUUUUCACGGAGGGGGCCCGUGUUUGGGUCCGGGAGAAGGAGCAGUUUGUUCCCGCCACUGUAAACUCCUGUGGGGAUGGAACCCUUGUGCUCACAACCGACUAUGGAGAGGUGUUGUACUUGCAGCAGGCCGAGGUUACCAGGGAGCAGGUGUACGCUAUGCACCAGUCCAGCAUCGAUGGAGUGGAGGACAUGUCAGCGCUGGCCGAGCUGCACGAGGCCGCCAUCAUGCACAACUUGUACCAGCGCUACAAGAAGGAUAACAUCUAUACUAACAUCGGCAGCAUCCUGGCUGCCGUCAACCCCUACAAGCAGAUUCCAGGUCUGUAUGACCCAGAGAGGGUGGACCUUUACUCCAAGCACCAUAUAGGGGAGCUGCCACCACACAUCUUUGCCGUGGCCAAUGAAUGCUACAGCUGCAUCUGGAAACGCCACGACAGCCAGUGUGUCCUCAUCAGUGGUGAAUCAGGCGCUGGGAAGACGGAGAGCACUAAACUGUUGCUGCAGUUCCUGUCGGUGAUGAGCCAGAAAUCAGCCGGGACUCCUCAAUCAGAGAAAACCACACGUGUGGAGCAGGCCAUCGUACAGAGCAGUCCCAUCAUGGAAGCGUUCGGUAACGCAAAGACUGUUUACAACAACAACUCCAGUCGCUUUGGGAAGUUCAUCCAGCUUCACUUCUCUGAGUGUGGCAACAUCCAGGGAGGCUGCGUCAUCGACUAUUUACUGGAAAAGAACCGUGUGGUGCGACAAAACCCUGGAGAACGGAACUACCACAUCUUCUACGCUCUGUUGGCGGGAGCUAACAAAGAGCAUAAAGGCCUCUACUUCCUGGAGGACCCUGCGGAAUCUUUUCACUACCUCAGCCAAUCAGGAUGUCUGAAGGACAAGAGCCUGAAUGACAAAGAACUGUUUAACAGCGUUAUGGAGGCGCUGAAGGUGUUAGAGUUCACAGAGGAGGAGAUCAGAGACAUGUUCAAACUGCUGUCAGGAGUCCUACAGCUGGGAAACAUAGAGUUCAUGACUGCAGGAGGAGCCCAGAUCACCACUAAGCAAGUGAUCAGUAAUGUCAGUGAGCUGCUGGGCCUGGACGCCUUCCAGCUGUCUGAAGUCCUGACUCAGCGAUCCAUAAUACUCAGAGGAGAGGAAAUAUGCUCCCCACUCACUAUAGAGCAGGCUGUGGAUUCCCGGGACUCUGUUGCCAUGGCAUUAUACUCCCAGUGCUUUUCUUGGAUCAUCCUCAAAAUCAAUCAGAAAAUCAAAGGGAAGGAAAACUUCAAAUCCAUCGGCAUCCUCGACAUCUUCGGCUUUGAGAACUUUGAGGUGAAUCGGUUUGAGCAGUUUAACAUCAACUAUGCCAACGAGAAGCUUCAGGAGUACUUCAAUAAGCACAUCUUCUCUCUGGAGCAGCUAGAGUACAACAGGGAGGGUGUUCAGUGGGAUGCCAUAGACUGGAUGGACAAUGCAGAGUGUCUUGACCUUAUAGAGAAGAAACUGGGCUUGUUGGCACUAGUGAACGAAGAGAGUCGAUUCCCCAAAGGAACAGACUUCACUCUGCUGGAGAAGCUGCACAGCAGACACUCGACAAACCCUUACUAUGUCAAGCCCAGACUCGCUGAUCAUCAGUUUGGUAUUAAACAUUAUGCAGGGGAGGUGUUGUAUGAUGUCAAAGGAAUCCUGGGGAAGAACAGAGACACCUUCAGAGACGACAUCCUCAACAUGCUCAAGGACAGCAGACUGGACUUCAUCUACGACCUGUUUGAGAAGGUCGGCAGCAGGAACAACGAGGAGAAGAUGGGAACAGCCAGACGCAAACCUACUGUGAGCUCCCAGUUCAGGGACUCCCUCCAUGCUCUAAUGGCAACUCUGAGUGUUUCCAACCCUUUCUUCAUUCGUUGCAUUAAACCCAACAUGGAGAAGAAUCCAAAUGUGUUUAGCCCGGAGGUCGUCCUGAACCAGCUCAGGUAUUCUGGGAUGCUGGAGACUGUGAAGAUUCGUCGUGCGGGGUUCCCCGUCCGCAGAACUUUCAAAGACUUUUUCUCUCGGUAUAAGAUCAUUAUGAAAGAAAAAGUACCAGCAGCUGGAGAUGAUAAAAAAAGGAGUACAGACCUUCUUCUUAAAUACGACAAGACCAAGAAAGAGUGGCAGUUAGGCAAGACCAAGGUGUUUAUGAAAGAGGCUCUGGAGCAGCGUUUAGAGAAAGACAGGGAUGAAGUCCGCAGCCAAGCUGCUAUGCUAAUCCGAGCCCACCUUCUCACUUUCUCUGCCAAGAAGUACUUCAAGCGUGUACGUGCUGGUGUCGUCACCCUCCAGAAACACUUCCGAAAGCACAUCCAACGCAGGCGUUACGUGAAGCAGCGUAAGGCAGUUCUGGUGCUGCAGAAGCACAGACGAGGUCAGGUGGCGCGUUCCCGUGUUCGUAAACUCAGAGAGGAGAUUGACAAGAAGAGUGAGGUAGAGCAAAGGGAUAAAGAGGAAGUAGAUAAGAAAUCACUUGGUGAAGGGCAGCAGGAGGAAGAGAGCGAAGGAGCUGAGGCGAAAGCAACGUCAGCAGAGGAGGAGGCCCGGCAGAUGGAGGAGAUCCUGCAGUUGGAGAGGGAGAUCGAGCGCUUGCAGAAGAAAAGAGAAGAUGAGGUCUCGCAGCUGUGCGAGUCGUCCAAACAGGAGCUGCAGCUGCGCCGGGACGCUGAGCUCAAGCGGAUGAAGAAGGAGGCGUCUCGCAAGGCCACAGAGCUUAUCGACCUCCUGAGCUUUGGAGGCGUGGAUCCUGAGCUGGUAGCAGCGGGAGGUAAGCCUGCUGCCAAGGUGAAAUCUCCCAAAGGGGCAAGUGCAUCUAGAGGUGCCUCCAAAGAGGAGGAGGUAGAUGAGGGCUUCCAUGCUGAGGAGGAGUGCAUCCCUCUCCCAGACUUUCCUCCUCCUGCUGAGACGGAUGCUCCUUUGGAUCAGGACAUAUUUGUUCACCUCCCUCCUCCCCCACCCGCCUUUGCUGAGGGGACAGUGCCUCCCGCACCACCUCCUCCACCUCCUCUGGCCACAGACGGUGUACCUGCCACUGGAAUUCCUCCCCCUCCUCCCCUCCCUCCACCUGGAGAUGACUCAGGUGUCCUUUCACCUCCUCCACUGCCACCACCCCCACCUCCUUCAGGAGAGGAGGAGAAGAAGGAGGCAGCCAAGGGGGAGCCGGAGAGGAAGGUGAGCAUGGUGGAGAGCCUGGGGGACGGCGAGGAGCCGAUCUACAGCAUGCCGGCCGACACCGAAUCAGAUUAUGACCAGGAGGAGGAGGAAGGCUCCGUCACUGCCGGAGACGACGGCUCCGUGUCCGGGAGCAACCGCGGGAGCGCUGCAGUGGCGGACGAGGAGCACCCGAGGAAGUCGACCUGCACCAACGCCAGCAUCGAGUCCUACAGAGGCAGCUCCGACUCUGUGAGGACACACACUCACACGCAUCCCCACACGCGUGCACGCAGACAUUAUGCAGACAGUGACGAUGAGCAUGAUGGGAUGAUGGACACGGAUGAAGAAGUGACAAACGGCAGAGUGACUUUGCUUAACGGAAAUGGACCACCAUAUUUCCAUGGCUACCUCUACAUGAAAGCUGGGCUGAUGAUCCCGUGGAGGAGGCGUUGGUGCGUGUUAAAAGACGAAACCUUCAUGUGGUUCCGGUCCAAACAAGAGUCUCUGAAGUCCGGCUGGCUCUACAAGAAAGGAGGAGGCCUCUCCACUCUCUCACGGAGGUUAAACUGGAAGAUGCGCUGGUUUGUACUGAGGGACAACAAGCUGAUGUACUACGAGAACGACAGCGAGGAGAAGCUGAAGGGAACCAUCGACAUCCGGGCUGCAAAGGAGAUCAUGGACAAUCACGAAAAGGAGAACGCUCUGAACAUCGUGACAGAUGAGAGGACCUAUCAGGUGUUCGCGGAGUCACCAGAGGAUGCAAGUGGGUGGUUCAAUGUCCUCAGGAAAGUGCGUGUGUGCACUCCUGAGCAGCUGAUGGAGAUGUCCCAUGAACAGGCCAACCCCAAAAAUGCUGUGGGGACUCUUGACGUUGGCCUGAUUGACUCUGUUUGUGCAUCAGACAACCCAGAUCGGCCCAACUCUUUUGUCAUCAUUACUGCCAAUCGCGUGAUCCACUGCAACAGUGACACACCAGAGGAGAUGCAUCACUGGAUCAGUCUGCUGCAGAAGCCCAAAGGAGACGCCAGGAUCGACGGGCAGGAGUUCCUUGUCAGAGGUUGGCUGCAAAAGGAGAUGAAGACGAACGCCAAGAGCACCUCGCUGAAGCUGAAGAAGCGCUGGUUCGUUUUGACCCACAACUCGCUGGAUUACUACAAGAGCUCAGAGCGAAACUCCUCCAAGAUGGGAACUCUGGUCCUGAACUCCCUCUGCUCCAUCAUUCAGCCGGAUGAGCGAGUGCACAGGGAGACAGGUUACUGGAACAUCAUAGUGUACGGGAGGAAGCAUUCGUACCGCCUCUACACCAAGAUGCUGAACGAGGCCAUGAGGUGGACGGCUGCUAUACAGGGAGUCGUCGACAGUAAGACCCCCAUAGAAACUCCAACUCUGCAGCUCAUCAGAGACAUCAAGGAAAACAGUGUGAACCCAGACAUAGUCGAGCAGAUGUACAGGAGGAACCCCAUCCUUAGAUACACCCAGCAUCCUCUUCACUCCCCUCUGCUGCCGCUCCCUUACGGAGAGGUCACCAGCUUACACAGGCAGCAGGGCUAUGCCAGUCUGCAGGAUGAGGCGGUGCGUGUGUUCAACUCACUGCAGGAGAUGGAGACUCUGGCAGACACGGUGCCCAUCAUUCAGGGCAUCCUGCAGACCUGCCAGGACCUGCGCCCUCUCAGGGAUGAGGUAUAUUGUCAGGUGAUCAAGCAGACCAAUCAUGUGCCUCAGCCUAACAGCCCAGCCAAUCGGGCACACUGGCACCUGCUCACCUGCAUGAGCUGCACCUUCUUACCCAGUCGAGUCAUCCUCAGAUACCUCCGAUUCCACCUCAAGAGGGUACGCGAGCGCUACUCUGGCACAGACAUCGAGCGCUACGCCAGCUUCAUCGGGGAAUCCCUGAAGAAGACCAAGACUCGUGAGUUUGUUCCCUCUCAGGAGGAGAUCGCCGCCCUGCUGGUGAGACAGGAGAUGAGCACCACCGUCUACUGCCAUGGAGGAGGCUCCUGCAAGAUCUCCAUCAAUUCUCACACCACAGCUGGAGAGGUUGUGGAGAAGCUGAUCAGAGGCCUGGCCAUGGAGGAGAGCAAGAACCUGUUUUCUCUGUUUGAACACAACGCCUGCACUGACCGGGCUCUGGAGAGCAGAGUGAUCGUGGCAGAUGUCCUGGCCAAGUUUGAAAGAUUGGCAGGUAGUGAAGAAGAGGAGGAGGAAGGAGAGUGGAAACUCUACUUCAAACUCUACUGCUUCUUGGAUGUGGAGAGCAUGCCCAAAGAGGGAGUAGAGUUUGCUUUCAUGUUUGAACAGGCUCAUGAGUCUCUGAUAAGCGGUCACUUCCCGGCCUCAGAGGAGACUUUGCAGCACCUGGCGGCUUUACGUCUCCAGUAUCUCCAUGUCGACGGGGCAGGCCGGGCCGGGUGGAGUCUGGGAAGUGUUUAUCCAAUUGGACGUCUCCGCAAUCGCAUCCUCCACUCCACCAAGCCGGGCGUGGGGGCUGGGGGUGGAGCUGGAGGGGGCGGAGGAGGAGGAGCAGGAGACGGUAAGGGCUUGGUGGGUGGACAAGGAGGCGUCGGCACCGGGGCAGAGAAACGAAAGACCCCCAGCUUCCUGGAUGGAACCCUGAGGAGGAGCUUCAAGACGGGGUCACUGAAGAAGCAGAAGGUGGAGGAGGAGCAGAUGUUGGAGAUGUGGGUGAAGGAGGAGACGUCUGCCACUCGGACCAGUGUCCUGGAGAAGUGGACCCGGCUGCAGGGAAUGCCCCAGCACCAGGCAAUGCUGAAAUACAUGAGCAUCAUUAAGGAGUGGCCCGGAUACGGGUCGACUCUGUUUGACGUGGAGUGUAAAGAGGGCGGUUUCCCUCAUGACCUGUGGCUCAGCGUGAGCGCUGACAACAUGUCCGUUUAUAAACGAGGUGAACCCAAACCUCUGGAGACCUUCCAGUACGAGCACAUCACCUUCUUCGGGGCUUCUCAGCCCUGCACCUACAAAAUUAUCGUGGAUGAGAGGGAGAUGUUCUUCGAGACUCCAUUGGUCGGAGAGAUCACCAAGAUCAUGAGAGCCUACAUUAACAUGGUGGUGAAGAAACGUUGCAGCAUCAUGUCAGUGACCAGCGUCACCAGUUCCUGGGUCAGGUGAUCAGCACCAACCAGUCGAGAGCCCUCGGUUUGUCCAGUGGCAAACAGAUGCCGUGGCCGCCUGCGGUGGUUGGUUGUUUUUUUUAACAGAGGCAGUCGCACCAGCCACCUAAUCCUUGAGGUUGAAUCGAGAUUGGUGGGUGAGCGUCGGAAGCAACACGGGGGGAAAAGUGGACACGGAGGCCAAGCGCACACUCUCCUGGCCUGGGUUUCACUUGGGAUGAGGGAUCCAUUAGAAAAAUGAGCAUGACAAAUAAAACGACCUGUAUUUUGGGUUUCAAAUACACAACCCCUUCCACCUGUUUUAGUCCUGCAUGUAGGUGUUCAAGCACAGUCCAAACUUCUCUCUGCUCCCCGGACAAACAAAACUCUGUAAUUUACAAGCACAACUCCUCCGCCUCAGUCUGUCCCAGGUGGCUCCCUUCCCCCCCCCCCCCCCCAGUGCACUGCCAGACAGAAGGAAGUCACAAUUUUCUCAGUUAAACUUCUUUAUCACUCCUCCUCCCGACUCUCUCUCUCUCUUUCUCUUCGCGUGUCCUCACUUCCUGUUGCAUCCUUAUUUGCUAUUGGUAUUACGUUGCGAUGCUGAAUUCUCGUUCCUGCUUGCUUUCUCUCUGUUGUUCUCUCUCCUCUGGCUUUUACCUGUGACACCGUCUGGAUUACAUCCGUUUUGUGACUGAGAAAAAGGACUCUGAUGAUGAUGAAGGGAGAAUAAGCUCCAUGCCCCGGGGAAAAUGUUAACUCGCUGACUCGUUGGUGCCACCAUGUGGCCACAAGAAGAAAACACAGCCGAGGCUCUCCGCUCAUGUUAAAGUUGACACUAAAGGGUCUGUGCAUGGUUCGCUACCUUGUGUGGUCGAUAAAGAGAGAACAAUAUCAACCAAAAUACUACGAGACAAAACAUUUCCCUAUCUAUAUCUACAUAUAUUACACACUGUGUAAAUCGACUGUAUAUUCACACACAUGUAAACAUAAGCUGAGUGGACAUGUAUCGUUUUGUACUGUAUAUCACACAAUAUAAGAGUUAUUAUUGAAUUUUCAGUGGCCACGUCACUGUACAGUAUAUAGAUGCCAUACUAAAUGCAAUGUGACACCUCUCGUGCAAAUUACAUGCAAGUGGACGGUGUUAAUGAUGAAAAGUGUAUGUCUGAAUUUGAUGCCAAUGCUGUACAUCAUUCACUGGCUGUGCCAUUAAUGUGACUCACAGAGACGCUAUGACGAAAAACACAGACUACGGUGGGACUGGCCAUGAUGGUGGUCGUGUUUUUACAGUGUUUUGAUGAAUUUAACCGUGUGUUGUCUGGGCAUCAAUCCGAGCCAUAACGUAUUGUAUAUCUGUGUCUGCUCAUUCACACUCUCACCUUUUUCUUUAUCUAAAAGAUCAGUGACUUAAACAAUAACGCAUAAAAGGCUCCAGAUUGUUUCCAACAAUGUGACUUUUGUUACUGAUAAAUCUCUCAUUACUGUACUGUAUGCCCCCUGUUAUCAAACCACCCUGAAGUGCUGUGUGUGUGUGUGUUGCGCGUGCGUGUGCCUGAGAGAGUGAGUGUAUUAAUGGUUUUAUCCACAAAUGGGGUGGGAAAAUAAGAAAGUGAGAAAUAAGAAAAGAGAAGUCAUUUUACUGAGUGUAUUUAUGGGAAAUAAGACGUAUUUACAUGACCAACCUUUGCAAAGAACGGUGUCGUGGUGUGAUUUUAAGGGGGAAAGCAUGGGAUUUUAAGGGAGGGUUAGGGGUUAUUUAAUUCUUAUUGUACUGUAUGUGUUGCAAGGUGUGUUUGGGAGGAUAUUGUAUUAAAAAAUAUAUAUAUAAUGGAUUUUUCUUUCAGUCUUGGUAACAAAAAGGAACAGAUAGGACACUGUGAGGAAAGGGGCUUGGAAAUUGCACUGGGAAUUCUGAGAGUCAUCACUGUUUUUGUGUGUGUGUGUGUGUGUGUGUGUGUGUGUGUGUGUGUGUGUGUGUGUGUGUGUGUGUGUGUGUGUGUGUGUGUGUGUGUGUGUGUGUGUGUGUGUGUGUGUGUGUGUGUGUGUGUGUGUGUGUUUGGACUGAAAGUGAAGUCACUGCUCUGUCAACAUCACCUGACAAUGUGGCACUGCAGGUAAACGACAGCGUCCCUCACGUGUGACACCUCCAGAGGCCGGGAGUGUUCCCCCAUAUCAACAAUCCCGUUGGAAAAACAUAGAUAACACGGAAAUAAGUCAAAAUGUCUAGACAAAAUUGGUUGAGCUAAAGUAUGUAAACUAUAUUUUCUAUGUCAAUGAUUUAAAUCAUCUCCCUAAGGACUUGAAGUGAAGUUGAACUUCUUAAGUCGUAUGUAUAUCUGCAGUGCCCCACACAGGGCUUUAUCUAGGACUUUAGAAAUACUGAGGUCAUGAGUCUGAGACCUUCCAGCUCUAAAAAAAAAAGUGUAUUUUAAGAAAGUCAUAUUUCUGAGUAUUUCUAUGCCUUUAUAAGACAGAGUUGUUUUGGUCGAGAUAUGGAAAAGUGCCAUCCACUUCCAGGUCAUGGCACUCUAAACCCAGAGGCCCUCAAGGCAACUCAUGAACUCAGUGUUGUUGGGGAAAUACUGAAUUAUUGGAGAAAGAAAGAAAGAAAAUAAGUAACACUACUACAUUUGUUAAAAUGCCCAAAAUAGAAAAAACAUACUGGACAUGACCUCAGUGUUUUUAUUUGUGCCCAUGGCCCUGACUAUACACACUCAGACAACCCACUGGGAUCCUGCCUGUAGCGUUAGAAUAAAGCAGAACUCACUCCGAGGUUCCAGUUUGAACUUUGGGUCAUUUUUAGUUUCGGCUAAAAUGAGUGCCAAACUAGGAGAAAGUGAAGUUUAUAAGCCAUAAUAAUUAAUGAGGAACCUGGAGCUGACUGUUGUUCUUCUUCUACACCCAUGUGGUUCUGUCUGUCACUGAUAUUACACUGAGCAGGAGAAGUUGCCCUGCAGUUGUGAUAAGUGUGUUUGCUAAAGUGAUCUGAGGUUGAAAUUGAAGUCAAAGUAAGUUUGAAGUAUCUGAUCACGAAUCUGUGUCCAAGGGCAACUUGAUCACAAAGGGUCCUGUUAUCAGCCGCAGGCGGCCAGAGUGGGGCCCGUUCUUACGUCAUAGAAUUUAUCAUCAUUACAUAGUGAAACAUUGUGCUUGUUUAAAAAGAAAAAAAAGAGAAAGAGAGAGAUAUGUGUUGUUCUUUUUUUUUUAUUUGUAACUGGCUUUACAAGAUUAUGCUUUAAUAAAUUAUUGGAAAUUGUCCUCUA